UCGCGCGGAGCCGAUCGGAGCCACGCCGCGGGCGCCGAGCGCGGUGACCGACCCUCCCCCCCCCGAGCACCCAUGCUGCUAACGCUGGCCUUGGGCUCGCUCUUCUUCCCGGGGCUCUUCGCACUCUGCACCUGGGGGCUGCGGCGCGCGCGGCCCGCAUGGAGCGACUCCGACUGCGUGAUGAUCAGCACCAGGCUGGUUUCUUCAGUGCAGGCUGUGUUGGCCACCGGGUCAGGGAUCGUCAUCAUCCGCUCCUGUAGCGACGUGAUCACCGACAGGCACUGGCUUGCCCGAGAGUAUGUCUGGUUCUUGAUUCCAUACAUGAUCUACGACUCCUACGCCAUGUACCUCUGUGAGUGGUACCGAACCAGAGACCAGAACCACAGACACUCCCUCACCACUUUUCGGAACUUCCUAAGUAAAAACCGCCUCAUGAUCGCGCACCACGCGGUCAUUCUGUUUGCCCUUGUGCCAGUUGCCCAGAGGCUCCGGGGAGACCUCGGGGACUUCUUUGUCGGCUGCAUCUUCAUGGCAGAACUGAGCACUCCGUUCGUGUCCCUGGGCCGAGUUCUGAUUCAGCUGAAGCAGCAGCACACCCUCCUGUACAAAGUGAACGGAAUCCUCACGCUGACCACCUUCCUUUCCUGCCGGAUCCUUCUUUUCCCGUUCAUGUACUGGUCGUACGGCCAGCAGCGGGGACUAAGCCUGCUCCAAGUGCCGUCCCGUAUCCCCUUCUACUGCAACGUGGCCAAUGCCGUCCUCGUCGCCCCCCAGAUCUACUGGUUCUCUCUGCUCUGCAAGAAGGCAGCCCGGCUCUUUGACCCCCCCCCGGACAACAAGGACGGCUAAGCGCUCCCGGGAGUCGGGCAGUGCAGGUGCCUCCUCCACUCGGUAGUCCCACGGACCAGACUGUGCCCUGGGUGGCUCCAGCCCUUUGGGUGUAUUGAUAAGCAGAUGGGUUUGAGUUUUUCUAAAGAAUCUUCACAUGACCUCCCUCUUCUAACCUGCCCCUUUUGCAAAAGCACUUUUUUCCUAAGGAACAGCGAUUGGAUCCUGUCAGACCCCCCGCUGGCAGCAAGGUGGUUUUAACGCAAGCCCCAGGAUCCUUCCUUGAGUCUCACCUCAAGGGUUCUGGGAGGCAGAAGCAUGGGGUGUGGAGACGGGUGGACUAGGGUGAAGCGUCUGGGCACCCGCCUGGCCCGAAUAUGGGCGGCUACCCGCCUUUCCGACCACUCAGGGCAGUAUCUACACUUACUGGGCCAGUGGCAGCAAGUGGUGAGCCUGGUUCUCGAAAUACGUUCUCGUGAUGUUGGCCUGGGCAAACUGUCGUGGGAGCGGACUGCCACUUUGCUCCCGAAGGCUGGAGAACGAAGAGUGCAAGACAGCCCUGGCCGAACUCCGUCCUGGGGACUGACCCAACUACCGUUUGCAGAUAGGACCCUCUGGUGCCGACACUAAUUCUUCCUUACCCACUAGGAUGGGUUUUAGAAACUGCUACCAUGAAGUUUUUUUUCAAAUGGUAGUAAAAAUCUAGAAGUUUUAAAGUGCCUUUUAAUUCAUUGUUGUCCAUGAACUUGUAAAGUACUCAAUAUGUAACAGUGUCUCAAAUUCUAUUUGUCUUUAAUGGGUGCCAUUUAAAAAAUGUCAAAUGCUGUAAUUUUUUUUUUUUUUACCAUUUUUGUUUACUGUCAGUAUAUCUUUAUAAAUCACCCCUGUGGUGAUUAAAGUGCACUAAUAUUUCCCA